AUGCUACGUCUUAAACGAAUCACAACUAUCGACUCCUCCUUCCUUCGAUUAUUCACAACUCCCGCCAUUUAUGAAUUGAAUUCCUCCCUCCAAAAGCUGCAGGUGCAACCCACACACCACCACCUACAACAACUCAUCCUUUCUCAUUUCUCAAAUACAAAUAACAAUCCACAUUCUUCACAAACAUACGCCACACUCUUCCACGCCUGCGCCCGCCUUCAUCGUCUCGACAUUGGCCAAAAACUCCACCACCACUACACACUUUCCCAUCAUCAAAUUCCACCACAUCAACAACAACUCUACACCAUCAAUCAUCUCCUUAACAUGUACGCUAAAUGUGGUGAUCUAGAAUAUGCACACCACCUGUUUGAUCAAAUGCUCCACAGAAACAUUGUUUCCUGGACUUGUCUUAUUUCUGCCUACGCUCAAUAUGGAAACACUGAUCAAUGUUUUCGCUUAUUUACCAAAAUGUUAACUCAUUAUACCCCUAAUGAUUUUGCUUAUGCUAGUGUUCUAUCUGUUUGUGAUACCAGUACAUCGCGUGGUAGGCAAGUACACGCGCUUGUAAUGAAAACAGGUUUUGAUACGUGUGUUUAUGUGUGUAAUGCUUUGAUUGCAAUGUACUCGAGGAAUAGUGGAAGUACGGAGGCUUGGAAGGUUUUUAAUGAUAUGGAGUUUCGGAAUAUUGUUUCAUGGAAUACAAUGAUAGCGUUGUUUCAAAUAUGUGGACAAGGUGAUAAGGCUAUGAGAUUUUUCUCCUUGAUGCAUCGUGAUAGUUGUUUGGGGUUUGAUCGAGCUACUCUUGUUAGUGUACUUUCUUCUCUAUUAGGACAGGAUGAAAUUGAUUUUUCCUGGGGUCUUCGAAGUUGCUUUCAAUUGCAUUGUGUUAGUGUGAAAACCGGGCUUAUACUAGAUGUUGGGAUUGUGACUGCUUUGGUGAAAGCUUAUUCGAUUCUCCAGGGAGAGGUUAGUGAUUGUUACAAAUUGUUUUUGGAAACAAAUGGAUGUCAAGAUCUCAUGUUGUGGACUGAAAUAAUUGUGGCGUUUUCGGAAAGGGAUCCUGAGAAAGCUAUUCUCCUUUUUGGUCAGUUGCUCCGAGAGGGGUUAAGUUUAGAUAGUUAUGCUUUUUCUAUUGCACUGAAAGCUUGUGCGGGACUCUUGACAGAUAGAAAUGCCUUGAUGGUGCACUGUAAAGUGAUUAAAUCUGGUUUUGUGGAUGCUCUAGUGCUUGGAAAUGCAUUAAUUCAUGCAUAUGCAAGGUGUGGCUCAAUAUCUCGGGCCAGUCAGGUUUUUGAGGAGAUGAGGUACAGAGAUAUAGUGACAUGGAAUUCCAUGUUGAAGGCUUAUGCAUUGCAUGGCAAAGCAAAUGAAGCAUUGGGACUUUACGGUAAAAUGGAUGUGAAACCUGAUGCAGCCACUUUUGUUGCUCUGCUUUCAGCUUGCAGCCAUGCUGGAAUGGUGCAAGAAGGGAUUCAAAUUUUUGAUGCUAUGUUUGCAAAACACGGUAUUGUUCCUCAACUUGAGCAUUAUGCAUGUAUAGUUGAUAUUGUUGGCCGAGCAGGUCAUAUUUUUCAGGCGGAGAAAAUAAUAAAAGAAAUGCCCAUGCAACCAGAUUAUGUGGUCUGGAGUGCAUUUCUUGGAGCAUGCCGCAAACAUCGUGAAUCUGGGCUCGCCCAAAUAGCUGCAUCUCAGCUGAAGGAGUUAGAUCCAGAAAAUUCAUUAGGAUAUGUACUCAUGUCUAAUGUAUACUGCUCAAACCAUAGCUUCAAUGAAGCAGGUCAUCUUAGGAAGCAAAUGAGAGGGCUUGGUGUUACAAAGCAGCCUGGAUUGAGUUGGACAGAUCUUGGUUGAAGGAGUUUGAUCCAGAAAAGUCAUGAGGAUAUGUACUCAUGUGAAAUGUAUACUGCUCAGCCCAUAGCUGCGAUGAAAUAGGUCAUCUUAGGAAGCAAAUGAGAGGGCUUGGUGUUACAAAGCAGCCUGCAUUGAGUUGGACAGAUCUUGAUUGAAGGAGUUUGAUCCAGAAAAGUCAUGAGGAUGUGUACUCAUGUGAAAUGUAUACUGCUCAGCCCAAUGAAAUGGGUCAUCUUAGGAAGCAAAUGAGAGGGAUUGGUGUUACAAAGCAGCCUGGAUUGAGCCGUUGGGGUUUUGGUGCAUGAGUUUGCUUCUGGAGGCCUGCAACAUCCGGAUAGGAGAGAUAUACACUAAUAUGGAGUUCUUUGUGAAAGAACUGAAACAUAUUGGUUACAUUAUCACAACAACAAUAUUAUACCUAGUGUGAUCCCACAAGUGAGGUCUGAGGAGGGUAGAGUGAACGCAAGACCAAUCCUCCGUAGUUGAAGCUGAAUCGAGAACAGGGACCAACGUCUCAACGAAAGAGGUUAGAUGUGGCAAAUCAGCUGCCGUCCUUCAAAGAAAGGGAAUCAAUGAAUCCAAAGCAAGGUGCGGAGAAGGCUUGGUUGAAGGCAAAAUUUGGUGUAAUUCGCAAUUUUUUAAGAAAAGAAAAGCAGGUUAGGAAGUCUUGCUUACUUAGUUCUCCACAUCUAAGUAAGAGAAGACCUUACCGCCACCUAGUGCGAGGUAGAGAGGCCAUUCCUGAUAGACCUUCGUCUCAAGAAAAGCAUUUUCAAAAACAGGUUUGAAAGAUACAAAAGUGAAGAAGCGCCCAAUGAAACUCCCGGAAAGUAGCAUGACAUACAAAAUGCAGAAACAAGGAAAAACUUGUGACUAUACAAAAUGCAUAAAAGAGGCACACUUCAUGUCCGGAUUGUGCACACUUGAAACGGCAAGGACUGAUAAAUUCUGGUAAUAUUGAUUCAUUUCCUCUCUAUGGCUUUCUAGCACAGAUACUAUUUUUUAAAAAUAACUAGGCAUUGUUGAAUUGAGUGCAGCACCCAAGAUUGAAUAUCCAAAUGAUUUCACAGCAUUUGUUAUCCUUGUUUCUGUAUUUUGCUUACAUUGGUCAAUAAUUUAUAGUAUUAGCUGGCUUAUGGACCUCCAAUAUAGGGUAUAUUUGUUUCGAAAAGAUUCUGAAUCGCUACAUGUAUUAAACUAUGAACACAUUUUAUCCUGCCUUGUAAUUGAUUGUUUGAUUAAUUGUGAACUGAUGAAUAUUUUCAAUUUCU